AUGGAAGAGGCUAUAGUGGCAAUGGUUGUGAUGAUAGGUGGGUCUACGGAUAAAGGAGAAGAAGGAAAUGGGGCUACAAUAGUGGAUGAUGGUAAGGGAAAGAAGACGGAACUAAGGUUGAAACUGGCAAUCGACAAUGUGGAGGAGAUGGCGAAUACGGGUUCACGGGUUGAAAAUUCGGGUUUGAUUGAUUUUUUUGGUCUUUUAGAGUUAAUGGUUUCUUCUCCUAAAGAGAGGACAACAAAAUAA